AUGUCUUCCAAUACGAUAGCGAGUGCUGCCGAAUUUGUGCGGAUGACAAAAGAAGAAAAAUUACGUUUUUGUCAAGAUCUCAUAAGACAAGCUGCUAAUUUGAAGAAAUCAUCACGUACGAGUGGUAGUGUACGAUCUAAAAGUGCACAUGCUAAAUCACGAACGAAAUCGAAGCCUACAGGACGUAGCCAUAGUCGAUUGAGACGCGGCGCAUCAAGAGUUCGUUCUGCUAGUAAACAUAAACGAUCAACGAAAUCAGUUACCGAGAAAAAAGUAGGAAAGAUACUCAAGCAACGAAAUCAAUAUCUUUCACUUCAGCGAAGAACAUCAACUGUUCGUUUGUCAUCAAAACCAGCCGGAUAUAGUAGUAAACAUGCUGGUAAAACUCGUUCAACUGCCACGAGAGGUCACAUUAGAUCUAAGAGCAAACAUGCAAAUACACAAAGAAAAACUCAUACUGAGAUAUGUGCUGUCCAGUUCGUACCAAAAUUUGAUCCAAGUUCAAGUAAAAACCAUGUACCGAUUUAUCAUCUCAUUCGUCAUGCGUUCGGUAACAUGGUCCGUGAAGCGAUUUGUCAAUUGGACAAGGAUAAAACUGGUGUUAGUUCUCAACAAAUUCUCGAUCAUAUCCUCAAACAUUAUUCAUUUCCAAAUAAUAUUUCGAAAAGCGCCAUACGUAAUCGAACGUUGUUCACCAUUAACGCAGGUUUACGUGCUGGCACUCUUCUCAGUGCUGGUUCAAACAAAAACAUUCGCAUCGGACGUAUGCGACGUGUCUAUCCACAUAAACUUCGUUAA